AGGUCCUCUUCCCAAUCGAUCCCCAUCCAUCCUCUGGAUCCGAUCCCCUCAGCGCCGCCACACACACACACCCGCACCGCUCCUCGCCGUCGUUUGCCCAGCGACCCCUCCGGCCGGUGAACCCCCCACCCCCACCUUUUUGCCGCGCCCAAAUUGCAUCUUUUUGGCCAAUAGAGGCCAUCUUUUUGGCCGCGCCCAAAUUGCAUCGCCUCCAUGACUCGAGCCGCCGCGCCUGGACGCGGGCCUUCCCUGCCCCACCACAUCUCCGACCCGUGUACCCAUGCUCCUGUUCCGUCAAGCGGCGCGUGAUCUCCUGCCGGCGGCUCUUCUUCGUGUGCUUGCGGGAAGCGGGGUGGCAGCGCCUCUUCACUCUGUGGUCAGAGUUCGUCCCCGCGUGCUGCUCUAGGCCAUCAACUGGUGCCAUGAUCCACCGCUUCUGAUCCCCGGUUGGAUGGGGAUUUCUAGCUGAAGUUUAUUGUCAGAUGUAUAUGAUAGACAUGAUUUCUGCUGUCCAAGAGCUUAGUGGGCUGACCGCUAGGGAACUUAGUGAGAUGCUCAAGGAGUCCGACAGCUUCGUCUUGCAGUCCAAGGCGCAAGCCGGAGGUCCAGAGCAGGUGGACAUGGAGAAGCUUGUGUCAUCGCUUCCUCUCCAUCUUCUUGCUGUAAGUUUGGAUAUCGGAAGAGUUUCAGAUUUGACAUAUGUGCUCCGUGGCGUGCGCUUUUUGCAUUGUUUGUCUGAGCUAGCAACUCGCCACACCAAGCUCGAGCAGCUUCUUCUGGAUGAUGUGAAGUUAUCUGAACAAGUUAUGGACCUGAUAUUCUUUCUGCUAUCCGUUCUGUCCCACUGGAAGAAGGAAGAUCAUCUCGGCGCUUCUCCCUUCAUACAUUCAUCACUUGUAGCAGGAAGUCUUCAUCUGAUGACAAGUUACUUCUCAUCUCAGUGGCAUGAGCUUGUUCAUAUUCUUCUUGCACAUCCAAAGGUUGAUAUCUUUAUGGAUGCAGCCUUUGAUAGUCUGCACGAAGAUAUGAGGUUAUUGAGUGUCAGGCUAUCAACAUUGGGCACCAAAGCCUUUCCUGUUGGCCCUUUUGACUCACAACUCACUUACUUCAUAUGCCAACAGUGCGAAGCAUCAUUGCAAUUUCUUUUGUCAUUGUGCCAGCAGAAGUUAUUCCGAGAUCGUAUUUUAAAAAACAAGGAGCUCUGUAGAAAUGGAGGUAUACUGUCACUCUCAUUCACGAUAUUGAAGUUAGGUGUUCCAGAAUGGCUGAAAGGAUCAACUGAUAUUGCUUCUUCCAUUUCCAGACAGAAGGCUAAAAUCCUUUCUAUCUUGUUACAACUGUGUGAAUCUGAAAGUAUUUCUUACCUCGAUGAAGUCGCCACUUUGCCAAAGAGCAUGCAACUAGGGCUGGAGGUUCUUGAUUUGCUGAAGAUCGCAUUUGGAAGUAAACAAAAACCUGCUGCCGGUUCCCAUGAUAAGAGUUACCCCGUGGGUUCUGUGCUUAUCAGUGCAUUGCGUCUCGUUGACGUCUUUUCUGAUGAUUCAAACUUUAGAUCUUCCUUCAUAACUAAUACUAUUCCCUUUCUGACGCAAAUUUUGGCGACUCCUCAUGAUGAGUUUGUCUCAAGUUGGUGCUCUGUCGAUCUGCCAGUGAUGGAAGAUGAUGCUAAUCUGGAUUAUGAUCCGGUUGGUGCAGCUGACCUGGCACUGUUAGCUGCUUCAAAUAUGCUGACUGAAGCGAAAGUUAACUAUUCAUGCAAUUUUCGCUCUAUCAGCAUGCCUUCAAUACAAUAUGCACAGACAAGAACAUCCUGUGUGGUGAAAAUAAUAGCAAAUUUGCACGUCUUUGUUCCAAACAUAUGCGAAGAGCAAGAAAGAGACCUCUUUCUUCAGAAAUUUCAGAAAUACUUAUUAUCAGAGAGUCCCAAGCCAUCAUUGGACCAUCCAGCAGCUGAUGAGAUCACCAUAGUUUGUACAAACUUGGGAUCUUUGUCCCAUUAUGCUAAAUCAUUAAUCCCUGGUAACUUGUUAAAUGAGGAAGAUGUGCAACUAUUAAGUGAUUUUUCUUAUAAGUUGCAACGUUGGUGUAAAUCGCAAGUUGGACAGAGAAUAUCGCAGGUGGCAAAAAGUGAUGUCACAUCAGAAAUGAAGGUAGACUUGCAACCGGUGCAGCAGCCCCAGCCAGCAAGGGCUAGUGUUCCAGAUCCCAAUAUGGAUGGCCCUCCUAAGCAGGAUGUGCAAAACAUUGAAGAGUCUAUGGCGACGCCCCCCAUGAGACAAGAUGGAAAUGCUAGGGAUGAGACUCCAAGAAACCGUGCCACUACAAAUGGUGGGGUCCUGCAAAAUUCAGUCGGUCAGAACCUAAUCCAUCUUGGCGUUGCGAGAACGACUAGCGCGGGCUAUCCGGGUCCCAGUACUGCUACCAGCAUGGAGGUCCCACGCUGCAGAAGUGUAGACCAUUUCAAAACACCAGAACCUACCAAGGAAAGUAGUCUCCGGGACGAGGAUGAGAGGCAGCCUAGUAGGAGAGGAAAGAAGCGAACUAUCAUGAACGACGGGCAGGUAAAUGAAAUUGAGAAUGCUCUGGUUGAUGAGCCCGAGAUGCAUAAGAAUGCCGCUUCCCUUCAGACAUGGGCAGAGAAGCUGAGUGGGCAGGGUGCAGAGAUCACAUCAUCGCAACUAAAGAAUUGGCUGAACAACAGAAAAGCUAAGCUCGCUCGUAUCGCGAAAGAAAGAGGAGUGCCAUACGAGGGCGAGGGUGCUGACAAGUCAUCUACACCAGCUAAUUCUCAGUUGGGUGACUCCUCAGAGAGUGCCGGCGAGGAGAGCUAUCUGCCGCCUUCAAGGGUGCUGAAUGCUCUAGGCUUAUCCAACUCCAAGGGCAGCAGCAGGCUGGUUACCCCAGACUCCAGCGAGCCAAGUACACAAGACAUGAUGACGAGCCGGCCGUUCACAAGAUCAUUGUCAUUCGAGCCUGGCCGCCCCGUUCUGCUGAUUGACAACGAAGGGAAUGAAAUCGGCAGGGGCGAGAUCUUCCAGGUUGAUGGCAGGGCCCAAGGGAAGAGCCUGGCGGAGAGCCACACCUGCAUCAUCGACGUCACCGAGCUCAAGGUUGAGAAAUGGAGGGAACUCCCCCACCCUUCCGAGGCGUCGGGAAGAACAUUCCAGGAGGCGGAGUCGAGGCAUGGCGGCGUGAUGAGGGUUGCCUGGGAUGUUGUCAGGCUCGCUCCGGUGGCGACGUAGGGUGGUUGGUUCCCUUUUGUGGUGUCGGGAAUGUAGCAUCGAGAAGGUACAAACAGCAAGUAGAGAGAGAAGCUUCCUGUCAAUCUAGGAUCUGAAGCCAGGAAUGAAUCUUGGAGGGUGGCUCUUAUUGUAACUAGUGUUUGGUGAAGUCAUCUGUCAAAGACUCUGUAUCCUUAUGUUGCAUCCUCUUCUUAGGGUUUACUAAUUCUGAUAUAUCCGUCGCAACGCUGGUAUGUUGCCAUGUGACGUACAAACAAAUUUAUCUUAAUUUUCUGAUAACUGAGAAUGUUGAUAAGAAACA